UAAACACAAGCGCCAAGAAAAGACCAAAAAAAAAAAAAAAUGUUUCCUUCGUUUUCCUUCACUCUCUUUCUCCUCAUCAUCUUCACCUCUUUCCUCACCAUUGUACCUGCCCACAAUCUCAUCCAUCAAACCUGCAAGAAAUGUGCCGAAACCGACCCAAACAUUCGCUACAACUUCUGUGCCUCAUCUCUUCAUGCAGCUCCUCAAGCUCAUUGUGCUGAUAACCUACGCCAGCUCGGCAUCAUCUCCCUCAGGCUACUCCGGCGCAAUGUAACGCAGACCAGGUCCCAUAUCAAGGAAAUCCUCCAUGACAGAAAGCUGGAUCCUUUCAUUAGGUCAUGCCUGCUUGACUGUUUUGAUUUGUAUUCUAACGCAGUUCCUCUUACCAGGAAGGCCAUCAAGGAAUACAGGGGUAAAAGAUAUUACAAUGUUAAUAUUGAUGUGAGUGCAGUGAUGGAUACACCCACCACUUGUGAGGAUGGGUUCAAGGAGAAAGAAGGUGCCGUUUCGCCAUUAACCAAGAGAGAUAAUGACAAUUUCGAGUUGUCUGCCAUAUCUCUUUCCAUUAUAAACAUGCUUUCACCUUGAAUGUCCCGUUUGCACGUUGUGUUUUUUCAGGGAUUAAUAUGUUGAUUGUUCUUUAUUUUGUUUUAGUUGUUUUGAUGAAUUCGGAAUUUCUAUCUUUUUGAAUAAGAAUGGUGUAUAUAA